UGUGCGGGCAUAACAAAAAAUAAACUCUUUCGGGCAAUGAUUGUCGGACUUCGGCACUUAAAUCUGCGAUAACAAUAAUUAUCGUGUAAUUUACCAACAGCGGAACCUGCAAGCUUGGGUGGGAUAAGGUUCUUCUUAUUUGUUCCACUAUUUGUGUUUAGCUGUCACAAUGAAGUCUCCCAACCUAAGGAUGUGUACAACUUCUUGUUUCCUGUUGGUCAUAAUUCUAAGCAGUCUGUCGCUUCAAGCUCGUGGGUCUCAAGAGGCCAAUCGACCCACUGUGAAUGUCGUCAUCGUCGGGGGUACCGGUGACUUGGCUAAGAAAUAUCUAUGGCAAGGGUUCUUUAAUCUCAACCAAGAGCAAAAUGAUGGCUUCACCUUCAGUGUUAUCGGAGCAGCCAGGAUGGCAGCAACAGAAGGUGACGGGCAACUAGCCAAGAUUCUACAAGACAACGUGUCCUGUGCGAAGUCUGUACGACCAGAUGAAAACUGCGAGGCAAAACUGACUGAAUACAGAUCUAUAGUUACUUAUAGGAAACUAAAGACAGCCAGUGACUAUGCCGACCUUUGCCAUGAGAUUGGACAGGAUGCUGCAAAGGAGCAUGGGAGAUUGUUUUAUUUGUCUGUACCUCCGUUCGCCUACGCAGGUAUCGCUGAAAAUAUUGCCAGAGCUUGCAGGCCGAGUGGCGGAGGAUGGCUACGAGUCGUUUUAGAGAAACCGUUCGGUCGUGAUUAUUCAUCGGCCCAGGACCUGGCAAAGAAACUCUCCCCUCAUCUGCAAGAAGAGGAGAUAUAUCGCAUCGACCACUACCUUGGCAAAAUUGGUGUGGAGAGUAUCCUGCCAUUCCGUAUGUUAAAUCAAGAUACGUACAAGAAACUUUGGGAUGGAGAACACAUCGAGAGAGUUGAGAUCGUCAUGAAGGAAAAAAUUGACUCAAAAGGUCGACUUGAAUUUUACGACGAGUACGGAGUCAUCCGAGACGUUAUGCAGAAUCAUCUAACGGAAAUAUUCACCUUGGUUGCCAUGGAACUUCCAAGAAACAUCACCAGUAGAGCGGAGUUCCUCGAUAAUAAAAUCCGUCUCCUCGCGCAAACACGACCUGUCAAUGCCGAACAAGCUGUGAUUGCCCAGUACAACGGUUAUGUUGACCAAUGGCGUGACGAGCUCGGCAAAGACCAAAGCGAAGAAACUUUAGUGCCAACGUUUGCCGCGGGAUCGUUGUUUGUUAAAAAUCCACGCUGGAGCGACGUACCGUUUGUUCUAAUGGCCGGUAAGAAACUGGAUGAGCGUAUUGGUUACGUCCGCGUGAUCUUCAGAGAUGACGCGGUCUGCGUAACAAACGCUGGAAGCGACUCUCAAAACAAAUGCGCUAAAAACCGCCAGCAAGUAAUUUUUUUCACUGGUAACCCAGGACUAAAAUAUCCGUCAAUUUUAGUUUCAAAGCAGCUUCCUAAACCACAAGUUCCUCCAACAUGGUCGGUACCCGAUACCGACCCAAAUAUGGAGAUUUUUAACGAGAAAAUUUCAAAUUUCUAUUAUUUUUCCCCACCCAAAGACCAAGACGCAUACACGUCUCUUAUUUCAGCUUGCUUUAAAGGCGACCAACAAAAAUUUGUCGGAAGUCGUGAUCUGAUGGCCUCGUGGAACAUCUGGACACCACUCUUAAAAAGUAUCGAGAAACAAACACCAAGGAUCUACGAAGGAGGUGAUGACACGGGGUCGUGGCUAGACUUUAAGGUCAAAGGUCAAACUCUGUCAUACAUUCACCAACUUAGCAAUGCCUUCGACUAUCAGAACGUGGGUUCAUCUUUCACAUCAAUUUCAGACCAGUUCCGAUCACAAUCCCUUAUCACUGGCGAGAAAGAAAGUGUUAUCACCCAACUAGCACAGCAUCUAUUCAACAUCGCAGGGCAGUCCAUUCGGGAAAGGGGGAGUUUUCACAUCGCCCUUCCGGGAGGGUCAACACCAAAGUCGCUCUUUACUCACUUAGCGAUCAGAAUGUCCAACCGAUUCCCGUGGCACGAUACUCAUUUCUGGAUGGUGGACGAGCGGUGCGUUCCGUUCAAUCACACAGCGUCAAAUUUUAAGCAGCUUCACGAUUCGUUACUCAAAUACAUCCCCGUGCCCUACUUGAACAUCCAUCCCAUGCCUGUCAAGCUCGCAAGCGGCCUCUGUGCUGCUGCCGAUCACGGGACCAAUACAUACGCGAGCGACCUGACACUCAUCCCCGAAGGACGGCUCGAUUACAUCCUCCUAGGUAUGGGUUCGGACGGACAUGUUGCGUCCAUCUUUCCAAACCACAAAAUCAUGACGGAUACGACAGCCAAAGUCGCUCUGACUGACGGUGGUCCGCAAGAUGGAAUACCACACCGUAUGACGCUGACAUUCGCUACGAUUAAUAAAGCCCGUCAUGUAGGCGUGCUGGUUCUAGGGAGAGCUAAGAGUGGGAUGGUGUCGGUGCUGAGUUCAGAAGGAGUGGUGAACCCAUUGAGAUAUCCAGUCACUGGGGUUCGAUUAGAACAGGGUGAACAAUACUGGUACAUUGAUCACGAUGCUUUGCUUUAGUAUAGACCUUUCUCAAGGAAACUGAGGGGGAAACUUUUCCCUCGAAAUUUGGGGCUACCACGAAACAGUUACUAGAUAACGAUAUAGACCUUUAUCCCUGUGUGGUCACUCUUGAUUUCCAUUCCGACUCAUUGUAACCAAACUGUGGCUGGACAAAGUAAUAGUCUGGUGCCAUGUUUGCGCAAUAAAUGUUAGCAUUCAUUACUGUUUUUGAAAACAGAACAUGACCAAGAUGGUGACAGUGAUAAAGGUCUAUUGUGUGUACAAUGUUGGUGUGUAGACCUUUAUCGUGGUGUAGCCAUCUUGAAUUUCUCCCAUUGAUACCAAUGUUACCAAACCGAGGCUGGAAGAACAAAAUAUUAAUU